AUGGAGUCCCUCAAUGGUGCCGCCGCGGACCCGCCUGCGGUUUCGCGCGAGACGGCCCCUGAACCCGCCAAAACGGGCUCCACCUUCACCAUUCAGUCCACCCGAUCGGGGGCAGCCCCCCCGGCGCCGAUUCGCCGCGGCCGCGGGACCUUCUCGGGCUGCCUUCACACGGAAAAACUCGAACGGCAGCCGCCCAGCGAGGCCGCGACUUCCGUCCUCACCGGCGCCACCACCAGCAUUGUUUUGCCCUCCUCGCAGCUGAAGGACGCCGCCUCGGAGGAAGGCGAGACCGACACCCCCAUCCCUGCCGCUUUUAACAAAAAAGACAUUCCCAUGAACAUGCCCCCACCGCAGCUCACCUCUGCCGCGAAUGCGGGGCGGGAUUAUUUAUUCGGCGGCGUCAUCAGCCGCGUAGAGGGGAUGCGGGAGGCGGAUACGGUCCGCCAGCUGCUCUUCCGCGGCGAAAAGCGGCGCCGCUACUGCGUAAUCGUCGGAAACCUCCAGAACGAGAAUAAAGAGGUCAUUCUGAAGUUGUUCGGGCAUCGAGGGAACAAGCCGUUUAAGCUGCAGAAUAAAUUAAUUCGCUUAAUUAACCUGUCCAUUGGGAGGCCACGGAUGCGGCCGGAGGACUUGGAGGAGGGGGACAUACCAACCGCCGGUGCCGCAGACAAUGAGCCCAACUGGGCUGAGGACCCGACCAAGGCGACUAAUUUCGCGGGGGGGCAGGAAGUUGAGGGGACUCCGAAUGGGUCUGAGGACCUUCCGAGCAUUGAGCUCAUAGAGGCGGAUCUUGAAGAGGCGUUCGCAGGGUCUGAGAAUCCCAACCCCGAGGUGAAAAAGGCAGUUAACGAAUCCGAAGCCGUGAAGGACGCGCACCGCGAUUCAACGGUGUCGAUCCCGGCGAAGGCGAUAACGCCGCCCGCCGCGCCCGAACCCUCCGACGUCGCCUUUGCUGAGCUCAACGCCCGCCAUAUCAAGGCCGGUUUCCCCGGCGUUGGCGAGGAUGUUCAGCCCUUGACGGAUGCCGAUGUCGGCUUCCAUUCCGACCCCCCCACCCCUGGCGAUCCCCACGACCUUUUCGAAACCGAACACUCCGAACCGAGUUCGCCCUCGCACGGCUCGAGCCGCCCGAAUGACCCCAGCGGGGGUUAUCACCCCGACGACGCCAGCGAGCACGGCGACGUCGACCACUACUUCGAUGUGCGCGAGGACGAGGUGGUGCCGCUCGUGGUGGAGCGCGGGAGCGGGGACCAGGGCUACGACACCACCCUCAACCACGACGUGGGGCUCGCCAACAGCCCAGUGCUGACGUCGAAAUACUUUACCACGCUCAAGGACUAUUUCCUACGGGAGUUUCGCUUUCUUCUUAGCCUCGAGGAUGUCCGGCCACAGCACGUUUCGCUGAAUAUUCACCUUGGCUCGGCGUACUGCUGUCUGGCGCGGCACGGCUCACACGCGACCCCGCUCAAACACGCCUCUUUUAUUCAGUUCGUCGAGCGCAUGAACGACGAGUCGAUGCAGUUAUAUUUUAUUAAUGAUUGCCCUACGUGCGUUUCGCGCGCGGUGGAUAUGGAAUGCGGCGCGCUCCACCACGAGGUCUCGCUGACCUUGGUUAAGAUCAACUUCUUCUCCAACGAGCGGCAGACUCGGAUGACGGCACGGGCGAGGUGGGAUAGCAAGGAGAACGCCUUCAAACUGGCGGAUAUGGAAGGGAUGGGGGUCUGCUUUAACUGGACCGUUUUUUCGCUCGACGACUUGGAUGCUGAGGCGGCGAAUAACCAGUAUUCAUCCAACGACGUUCAGUUGACCGGGGAUAGUUUUGGGAACCCUUAUGAGGAUACGUCCUCAAUGAAGGAUUCAACAGUCCUCGAAGGCGGCUCGGCGACGGCUCAGGCCACCGGGGGCCGCAAAAAGACGGUUGCGUACCCUUUCGAGGUUGAAUUUAGGGUGUUUCGGCGCUGGAAGCAGCACCAGGAUCACCCCGCCGCGGAGCUCGCGAACGCGAUUUUGGACAAACUCUCCCUUGCGGAGCACAACUUCAUCAACUACGGCUCGAGUGUGGGCUACGAGCGCAUGGAUCUUUCCCACGUCUGUGAGGAGGACUACGCCGCGGAGGACUACAACGUCGAGAGCAUUGUAGUCGAGCACACCUCGCGCGUGAAGCCUCGGGGUACCGACCUGCUUAUCGACACCACCACCUCGCUUUUUAUCGAGAAUUUCGCGGCGGCGCGGCAACUGAAGGAGCAGAUCGCGCAGUACGGCCCAGAGCGUGUGGCGGCGAUGCAGAAGCCAAGCAAUAACAACUUCAUGCGCGGGGGUACCAUCCCUGCCAUGGGCGCUCGGCAUACGCAAAAGCAGACGAUGCCAAGGGCUGCCCAAAACCGGGGCCGCGGCGGCGCGGGCAAACUGCCGGACUAUAUGGAGGAAGUACUUUGCCCGUCCUCGAAACUGACUUUCUUCCGCUCUCGUGGAUCAACGGUCCAUUGGAGGUUUCGCCCAUCGUAUAGUAUAAACGAGAACUUGGCGCCGCUGUCAGAGGCGAUGACCUUUGUACAACAGGUGUUGAAGACCGCAAAUAAUAUUGAACGGAACGCUCUGAGGGGCGGCGCAGCCCCGGAGGCACUUUAA